AUGUCUGAGUAUUUCUUCUCAGAGCUGGGCCUGCUAUGCUACCUGAAUGAGCUUCGGAAGGAUGAGCUGUGGAAGUUCAAGGAGAUGCUGCAACAAGAGGCCCUGAUUCUCCAGCUCCAGCCCAUCCCCUGGGCCACCCUCAAGAAGGCUGACAAGACCACCCUGGCCUCGCUGCUGAGCCGGCACUAUCCAGGCAAGGUGGCCUGGGAGCUGGCGCUCAACCUCUUUCUGCAGGUUCAGCGGGCAGACCUUUGGGCCAGGGCCCAGGCCGAGAUGCAGGUCCAGAGCUGCCCCUACCGCAACUACAUCAGGGAGAAGUUCCAGCGCCUGUGGACCGUGGAGGCUCGGCUCCCGGUGCCCGAACACUUCUAUCGAGACUCCGUGGAGACCCAGUACCAGAUGCUGGUGGCCCUGUGUGCCCUGUCCGAGGGGCCCCCCAUUGUGGUGCUGAAGAGCCCUGAGGGCAUGGGCAAGACCACAAUGGUGAGGAAGCUGAUGCUGGAUUGGGCAGAGGGGAAGGUCUGGCGCGACCGAUUCUCCUUCGUCUUCCUCAUCACGUGCUCAGACCUGAACCAGCUGUCAGAGACCAGCCUGGAAGAGAUCUUGGCUCGCGACUGGCCGGCAGAAGCCGAGCCCCUGGAGACGGCAUUCCAGCACCCCAAGAGGGUCCUGCUCAUAGUGGAUGGCCUGCACCUCUUCAUGCCCGACUUUGAUGUGCAGCUUGGAGGCUGUGAAGACUGGCAGCAGAGAGCCUCGCCUGCCAUCAUCCUGAACCACCUGCUGCGGCAGAACCUGGUGCCAGAGGCCACUCUGCUGGUGACCGGGGGCUACAAGGACAGGGACAUCGAGAAGGGCUCCUACCUGGGUCAGAGUGCCAGCUAUGUCACGCUGCCCGGCUUCACCGAACUGACCCGCAAGCUCUACUUCAGCCACUUUUUCCGUAACACCAGGCACGCAUCCACUGCCUUUGUCUAUGUGGAGAGCAACUCAGGACUGGCUGCAAUCUGCAACUGUCCUCUAGAGUGUUGGAUCGUCUGCUGCUGCCUGCAGGGGCAGCUGGCACGGGGGCAGGCCCUAAACAUCCUGUGUGACACUGGCACUUCCCUCUACCUGUCCUUCCUCACCAGCAUCUUCCCUCGAGGUGCUGAAGGCCGCAGUCCCAUGCAGAAUUACUCGCGCCUGAGGGCCCUGUGCGCCCUGGCGGCCGAGGGCGCAUGGACUGGCACUUACAUCUUUGGUCCGGAACAUCUGCAGAGGAAUGGGCUGACUGAUGCUGAUGUGCAUGCCUGGCUGGGCCGCAAGCUGCUGCAGCAACGCGGGGAACUGGUGGUGUUUGCACACGAGGUUGUCCAGGGCUUCUGUGCUUCGCUUUUAUACGUUCUGCAGCAGCCCCACGAUGGUGGCAUUGCCAACCCGCACAUUGGCUCUGUGGCGAGGCUGCUGGAGGUCACGCUGGGCUCGGGGCCCAGCACCUUGUCACACCUCCCUAUCCAUGUCUUCGGCCUCACCAACGAGGCCCUGCUCAGGAAGCUGGAGGCGACCCUCGGCUGCCCACUGGGCCGUGCCACCCGACCCGAGUUGGUCUCCGGCCUGUGCGUCCUGGCCAAGCGUCCAGGCCCUGUCAACUUUCAGAACCUCCUCAACUGCUUGUUUGAGACACAGGAGCCUGAGUUCAUUGGGGAGAUCAUGGACUUGUUCCCCGACUUGAGGGUCAAGAUUCACAGCACCGAGGAGUUGAUUCUCAUGACCUUCUGCCUGCGGAGCUGCAAGAAGCUGAAGAAACUCCGCUUCCAGCUGGAUCCCUCCUUUGCAGAACCCACGGAGGAGGAUCGACUGGAGGUAUGGCGUGAGUUCUGCAUGGUGUUCACCAACUGUGCCGACUUCUCCAUGCUGGAGGUGGAUGGCUCCACUCUGGAUAUCGUGUCUCUGUCUGUCCUCUUUGGGGCACUGGCGAGCCAGCCCCACAAGCUGCAGUGGCUGGUGUGCACAUCAGUGACCAACCUGGGCCAGGAUUUGAGCUUCUUCAACCUGCUGUUCCACAGCACCUGCCUCAAGCACCUCAACCUCUAUGGCACCUGCCUGUCCGACACGGAGGUGGAGCAGCUGUGCGCUGCCCUCUCGCACCCGCCCUGCAGUGUUUCCGAGCUCCUUCUGGGGAAGUGUCACAUCCUGAAGGAGAGCUGCAAGUACUUGGCCUUGAUGCUUAUGUCCAACAAGAGCAUGAAGCUGCUGUCCCUGGUGGAGAACCCCCUCUCGGAUGACGGCGUCCUCAACCUGUGCGUCGGCCUUAAGGACCCCAGCUGCACCCUUGAGCUGCUGAUGCUGAUGCACUGCCUCCUGUCGGCCGUAUCCUGUAACCACAUCUCCGACAUGCUCUGCUACAACAAGUCACUGAAGCUCCUGGACCUGAGCUAUAACCACCUGGAGGACGUGGGCGUGGAGUCCCUGUGCCAGGCCCUGAUCAGGCCGGGCACCACCAUCUGCCAGCUAUGGCUCGCCAACUGCCACCUCAGCGCCAGCAGCUGCAGGACUUUCUCCUCAGUGCUCAUCCACGACAACAAGCUGAGGGUGCUGAAGCUUGGCCAGAACCACCUGGAUGAUGAGGGGGUGCAAGUGCUGUGUAAAGCCCUGGAGCACCCCAACUGCAAAUUGGAGGUCCUAGGGCUGGACUUCUGCCAGCUUACCUCCACCUGCUGCCCAAACCUGGCCAUUGCCCUCACCUCCUGCCAGACUCUGCAGAGGCUGAAUCUCUGUAACAUCAGACUGGAUCUCAGCGGGGCAAGGCUGCUGUGUGCUGCCUUGAGUGAUGCCAACUGCCACCUAAAGAUCUUGGGGCUGGACAUCUCCAAGUAUGACCAGGACACGCAGGAGCUGCUGAGCACCAUGAAGAACGCUUCCCACCUGACCAUCAAGACCAAUCUCUGGGAAGAGGAGAGCAGGAUGCCGCUACAGUCACAGUCCUCAGUGGACUAUUCUUCUGAGAAAGAGAAACAGUCUCAGGGUGUGCCCAGGUCCAAGGGGCUGCAUGUGCUGAGAGCACUGGGUCCAGGAAUCAGGGAGUCUUUGGGAGAAUAG